AUGUUGUGGACCUUGCAAUCCCUGUUGUGGACCUUGCUAUUCCUGCUGUUCACCGUGCUGUGGCCCUUGCUACGGCUGCUGCGGUUACUACUGCUGUUAGACGUGGCCAAACGGUACAGAGCUGUGUACUUAAAUGUAGGUCGUGAAGCAAAGUGGACUGUGCAGGCGUGUCGCUCCGUAGAGCCGAGGGCGGGGAGCCCUGGCUCCUUGUGCGAGUCGAAGUUACUCCUUGCGCAAGUAGACGUAGCAGCGGCACGGAUGGGAGCCCCCUAG